GCUGGGUUUAUUUAAUCAGGGGAGUCGACGAUGGAGGAGGGUUUGGUCAAGAAGAGUCAAGAAACAAAAGCGAAGAAGGUUGGAUUCAAUGCGAAUGUGGUUGAAAGUGAGUCAUUUGCAGAUUCGAUUGGAGAGGAGUGCAGGGAGAGCAAUUCCAGCUCUGAUACAUCGACAUCUGAUCCGACGACUAAUGAAGAAAGGAGUAAUAGCAGUUCGGCAGAGUCAUCUUCUGCAUCACCAUUAGGUUGGCCUAUCCGGAAGGCGGAGGUGCAAAAUUGUUCACUUUCUGAUGUCACCGAAUCUAAAGAGAAAGCCCAUUCGGAAGAUAAACAAUUAGAGAAACAAAUACCAGACAUUUCUGAGGUUGAGUUGAUGAAGGAGAGGUUUUCAAAAUUGCUGCUUGGGGAAGACAUGUCUGGAUGUGGGAAAGGGGUUAGCACAGCAUUGGCGAUUUCGAAUGCCAUUACUAAUCUCUGUGCAACGCUCUUUGGGCAACUUUGGAGAUUAGAGCCCCUACCACCUGAGAAGAAAUCAAUGUGGCGAAGAGAGAUGGAGUGGCUUCUUUGUGUCAGUGAUCACAUUGUUGAAUUUUCUCCCUCUUGGCAAACAUUUCCUGAUGGAAGCAAGCUUGAGGUUAUGACUUGCAGACCUCGAUCAGAUCUCUAUAUUAAUCUCCCAGCACUGCGUAAACUAGACAACAUGCUUCUUGAGAUAUUGGAUAGCUUUAGCAAUACAGAAUUCUGGUAUGUCGACCAAGGAAUUUUCGCCCCAGAUGCUGAUGGAUCAGCUUCUUUCCGUAGACCUCUUCAGCGUCAAGAGGAAAAGUGGUGGCUGCCUGUUCCUCGUGUCCCGCCUGGUGGUCUCCAAGAAAAUUCUAGGAAGCAGUUGCUACACAAGCGUGAGUGCACAAAUCAAAUCCUUAAAGCUGCCAUGGCUAUUAACAGCAUUGCAUUGGCUGAAAUGGAAAUCCCUGAAUCAUACUUGGAUGCUUUACCAAAGAAUGGAAGAGCAAGCCUGGGAGACAUGAUCCACCGUUACAUAACAUCUGAUCAGUUCUCUCCCGAAUUCCUUCUUGAUUGCAUAGAACUAUCUUCUGAACACCAGGCUCUUGAGAUUGCGAACCGUGUUGAAACCUCUAUAUUUGUCUGGCGCCGAAGAACAAACUCAAGGUCUUUGAGUAAUACAACCCGCUCUGCUUCAAAGUCAUCCUGGGAGAUGGUCAAGGAGUUGAUGGUUGAUGUGGAUAAGAGGGAGUUGCUUGCAGAUCGAGCUGAAAGCCUCUUGCUUUGCUUGAAGCAGCGUUUCCCAGGUCUGCCACAGACUACUUUGGAUAUGAGCAAGAUUCAAUACAACAAGGAUGUUGGGAAAUCUAUUCUAGAGAGCUAUUCCAGAGUUUUGGAGAGCCUGGCAUUUAACAUUGUUGCCCGUAUUGAUGAUCUUCUCUAUGUUGAUGACUUGACCAAGAAUUCCGAUGAGUACUCCUCCAUUCCCACUGUCAGUGUGAUUGCUCACAAAAGGGUUUUUAUACCAUACUCAGUGCCCGUCUCAAGCACUCCAUAUGCAAUGGCUUUUACCACGUCGAGCUUCUCACCUGCACCUCUAGUUAGCCCUGCAAGAGGAGAGAGGCGGCUUCCCUUCCUCAAUGGCAACAAACCUUAUUAUCGUGGGUUUGGAGUAAAGAAAGUCUUGACUGAUUAUCUUGGAGUGGAUUUGAAAGGAAAAAGCUCUAGUAAUUCAGUUACAGGAUCAGAUACUACCUCGAGUUCAGCUCAAGAAACACCAGCAAGAUGGCCUAGCAUGGAAAAUUUGGAGAUCCAUAGAGGGAUUGUAAGCCCUCCACCACAGGACUAAUUUGAACUAGAAGUAUUUCUUUCAUGACAGCAGUGUGUUUUCCUGCAGAUAGAUUAGCAGAAAUCAGGAGUAAGAAGGUUAACCAUCUAAUAUUGUUUUAUUCAUGUUGUAACGAGUUCGAUUGUGUAAUAGUAAAGAGUUUUGAGUGUUUA